CACAUUCGUCACCCAUUUCAUCACCUCGGACGGCACUUCGACUGGCACGCUCUCUGAGAUCCGCCGCCUCUACGUGCAGGGCGACGUCGUCAUCGAGAACUCAUACUCGGACAUCUCCGGCAUGUCCGCCUGCAACUCAAUCACGGACGACUACUGCGUGGCACAGAAGACUGCUUUCGGCGACACAGAUGAGUUUGAGACGCUGGGCGGGCUCGCGCAGCUGAGCGAGGCGUUCGAGGCCGGUAUGGUUCUCGUCCUCUCGCUCUUGGACGACUACACCGUGGACAUGCUCUGGCUCGACAGUGACUACCCUACGGACGAAUCUGCCUCUGACCCUGUUGUGGCACGUGGCCCAUGCUCGACUUCAUCUGGAGUCCCUGCGAUCGUCGAGUCCGAAUACCUGAGUUCCAACGUCAUCUAUUCGAACAUCAAGUACGGUGACAUCGGUACAACGUACUAGAUGAUUGAGUUUAUGUGUACGAGUAUGUUUGCAUUUAAAUCGUCUAU